GGCUGGCGUUAGUUCUUCCGCACAUUCAGCUGUCAGCAGCUCGCAAGAUGAAAUCCUACUUUUUGGUCCCUCUUUUCCUGGUGCUGGCUCUAGGCCAAGUGAGCGCCAAUUGUACCGGCGACUGUCCGGACGAGGAGGAGGUUGUCUGGGCUCUGAGCCCGAGUGGUGACAGUUGCACUGUCUUCCGCAAUAAAUGCUACUUCAUCAAGGCGAACUGUGUUCGAAAGCCAGCCCUGAUCGAGAGCACUAAAGAAGAGUGUCAGAAAUUCUGCCCCCAGAUCUGUCCAUUGUUGUAUCGUCCCACAUCAGGAAAUUACAAGGGUCAGACUCGAGAGUUCAGCAACGAUUGCGUGAAAAAUGCUCACAUAUGUCGCACUGGAGAGACUUUUUUGUAAAGCAAUUAAAAAGGUUUGAACAUGUAAAUGACUUGUUUGUUUAAAUAAAGCAUUUUAUCGGCAAAAUC